AUAUUAGUUUUUUAGUUAGUUGAAUACGAAGGCUGUUGGUGCAUAUUAGUUUAAUAGUUUUCAAAAUGCUUGCAAUGAAGUACAUAGCGAUUGCACUGUGGAUCUUAGCGUGUUUUACAAAUUCAUUAGAGUCCGCAAAAAUACUCGCUAUAUUUCCUUUUAGGGGUCCAUCGCAGUAUAUAUGUGUGCAGUCGUAUUUGAGGACAUUGGCGUCGCGUGGACAUGAGAUCACUUCUGUUUCGGCAUUCCCACAAAAAACACCUUUGAAAAACUUUCGCGAUAUAACACUACAAAUAGAGCAAUCGAAUCAUGAUGAGCAAAUAAUCAAUGCAAUCGAGGAAACGUCUGAGAGUAAAUUGGAUAAGAUUAAGUUACUUAAGGACUAUGUAACAUCGUCUUCUUUGGUGAUAUUGAAGAAUGAAGAAUUUCAAAAACUAUUGCACUCUGACGAACAGUUUGAUCUCAUCAUUAUUGAAGUAUUCUGCCAAGAUUCACUCUACGCAUUGGGUCAUCAUUUCAAAGCGCCUAUGAUUGGUGUAUCUGCAUUCGGCACAGAUGUUGUGAUCGAUCAGUUGGUGGAUAAUGUUUCACCGGUGGCAUAUGUGCCAGCGCCUAGCGGUAGACAUUUGGAUCGUAUGAAUUUCUGGCAACGUCUAGAUAAUCUAUAUGUAUACACCAUAGAGCUUCUGUAUAAUCAUUUAAUUAUUAUACCGGAACAACAGCGUUACUAUGAAAAGUAUUUUCCUAAUGCGACAUUGCGCUUAACAGAUGUGCGUAGAGAUUUCUCUAUGUUGUUACUCAAUCAACAUUACUCAUUCAGUUGGCCACGUCCAUUAGUGCCGAACGCAAUCGAAGUGGCUGGUAUGCAUAUUGAUCACAAACCAAGUAAAAUACCAGACGAUAUGGAAGCUUUUAUUAAUGCCUCGUCUAGAGGUGCUAUCUACUUCUCACUGGGGUCGAAUAUAAAGAGUGCAUUUUUGCCGAAACAUAAAUUACAAGAUAUUAUGAAUGCAUUUGCCUCACUACCCGUGAAUGUGUUGUGGAAAUUUGAGAAACCAGACAUAGCCGGCAAACCAAAGAAUGUAUACAUUAACAAAUGGUUCCCACAGCCAGACAUACUAGCUCAUCCCAAAGUGAAACUUUUCAUUACACAUGGGGGCAUGCACAGUCUGAUAGAGGCGGUACAUCAUGGCAAACCGAUUGUGGGCAUGCCAGUAUUCUACGAUCAAAAUUUAAAUGUGGAAAAAGCAGUAAGUAAAGGUUUCGGUGUUGCUCUAAACUUUCGAAAUUUUACCAGCGCCCAGCUGCGUGAUGCUAUUCUAGAGGUAUUGGAGAAUCCCAAGUAUAGCGAAAGAGCGCAAGAGAUCUCUGCGAGUUUCCAUGAUCGACCUAUGAAACCGCUCGAUGCGGCAGUCUAUUGGACUGAGUAUGUGCUGAGACAUAAGGGUGCGCCACAAUUACGUGUAGCCGCACGUGAUUUGAAUUUCCUACAGCGACAUAGUGUGGACACAAUGGCUGUGUUAUUUGGUAUUCCAUUACUUUUAAUUAUAUUUAUAACUCGUCGUAUUUACAAUCUACUAUUGUUUGUGGUGUUUGGAAGUAAUAACCAUGCGGACAAGAAACAGAAGAACGAAUAAACCGUAGCAUUCCAUAAUUGAGUGCAGCAGACAAGCAUUAACCGUUUCGGGACGAUGGGGAUGUUUUUAUCCCGAAGAAAUUCAAAAAAUCGUAACUGUCACAAUAUGGGAGCAAUUUGGUUCAAAACAGUCCCAAAUCAUUCAUUAUACUCUUCUCUACAAAAACAAAAAUACCAGCUGUUGGUUGGAGUCAUCAGUUUUUUAUUAAAUGUCAUUUUCUUAGACACGUUGUUGCGUUGAUGGUACUUGUUUGGAAAAAGCUUAGAAAAUAAGUGACUUUUAAUUGAAUUAUAGUUACAUUUUGUGCAAAUAGUGCUAAUCUAUUGAAAUAAAAAGUUUAGAAUAAAGAAUAA